GUCGGUUUCGUGCACAAACAAUUGUGGAAAAAACCUCGUUGGGCACCAGAUUCGUCCGUGUCGGUGCGUCCGCUCGGGAUUCAGAUUCAAAACUUUUCGUUCUUUGUCACGAUUGCAUUACGUCGAAACUGCUCAAUUUUAUCAACUUCAAAUUCAUCGACUGCAGGCUCUUUGACGGUACCCCCGUUUCGGAGGCAAAGGGCAAUGAUCUGCGAUUCAAUUUAACAUUUGCUAUAGCACCGUUUUAUUUUUAUUUGUUAUUUGAUUUCCCCCCUUACCGCAUCUUUUUUGUAGAGCCCGGCGUUUGGUGGUGACGUCGGGCGAUCUGAUUUUGUGUUGAAAAGCCACCACAGCGAGAAUAUCAAACCUACAGUUUAAUAAAAACAAUUCUUCCACCUUCUGCACUUUGGCUUCUCACGACCGCGCUUGCCAGCAGCAGCGGUGGCAGCAGCUACUAUGGGGAAGAAGGACGACAGGAUGCUGGAGAGCGGCAUGGGCUCCACGGCGCCGAUGGAUGGCCUCAGCCGCCAAUCCUACGCGAAACUCGGCCGGCCGGUGGCGGACAAAACGCUGUUGCAGCACAAAAGCCCGGAGGACACGGGCCCGCCCCCGGGCACGACGGCGCGCGACUUCCCGGCUAUCACCGCGAUGUGCCUCGGAUUGAUCACCUACCUUUGGUUUCUGACCAUUACCACGAACAAGCUGGGUGACGACGACUACCAGAAGCUGGGGCCAGGGAUCCUCGGCAAGUACGGCGGAGGCUGUCGCGAGCUCUCCUUCACGCUCUACUCGCAGGAGCUGGCGUACGGAUAAUUUUUUUUCUUCACAUUUUUGCUUUUUCUUUUCAUUCGCACAUCGUUGCAACUGCAGUCUACUUCCCGUAGUUCUUGCCAUAUUUAUCAUCAAGAUAGAGCGCGUGGUCUCAACAAAUAGCAUGAUAUCAAAAAGGAAAAAACUACGUUUUACAUCACAGACACGCACUGGUGGUCCCAAACACGGUGUGCUACCUGAUUGGUGGGAUGCUGUGUAUCUUUUUUGGGUUGUGGGUGGAGUUUCGGUACGAGGCGAAGGCGACGGGUAUCCUGUUCGCGCUUUGGUACGUGAUCACGAUCCUGCAGGGUAUUCUGAUCCAGAUGACCGGGGGGAGGGGCAGAAACCACCACCCCAGUUCCGGCCUGCCGUCGUUCCUGCUGCAGCUCAUGAUUUGGCUACCCUGGCAGCGAUACGCCGAGAUCCACUCCAUCUUGUACCCAAACGAGGUCGACAAGAAGGACGAGGCCGCAAAAAUAAGUGCCGAAGCAGCACAGAUGGGGGUACUUGUUUUUUCCUUAUUUCUUGACAUAAAACAUAUCUACGUCUAUCACAAGGGGGGAUCAUUUCUAUUUUUCCUAAUAUGAACAUUGCAACUGCAUAAAAACCACCGCGAAAGUAUACAACGUCUUCGCUGCUGCGCACUUGGUCCAGUUUCGUGACCUGGACCUCACUACGAAAAUGAAAAUCAGGUGACCCGUGACCUGUUGCACGAGAUGGGCCUGCCGAACGAAAAUGUGGUGACUCAGGAGAUUUACGCGCGGCGAACGAAGAUGGAGGAGUACCGACUGAAGUAUCGCGACGAGUCUUUGACCGAGCGAGAUCGCCUCCUUGCGACGUGCCCCUUCCCGGCUAUAUGGUUUUUGGGACUCACGAUUGGCAUCCCAUCCCUCGCGAUUGGAAGCGUGUUCCUGUUGCAGGACGGCAUGCUCAAAGGCUUCAACUCCGUCAUUGUCAUCGUAUAACUCGUCCUUUUCAACACACUUUUAAGUAGUUUCCCGCGUCACUGCCUUUGGUCUAAGUCAUGGUUGUAGUUUUGGUAGUUGCGACUUGCUUUUGAGCACUCGUCUGGACGGACUGUCAAGCUGGUUCUCCUUAUAUUUUUUUGCUGCAACAGUAUCAACAGCUAGAUUUUGUUUUUCCGGGAAGCUGCAUCCAAUAAAAUAAACAUUUAACAUCCUCAAAUUUAUUCGAUCGAAAAAUAAUAGGUUCUCGGACUAAUUGGCGCGGCGCUGGGUAUGGUGAUCAUGAUGAUUCCCUGGAUCCAGCAGAAAAACUUCCACCACAAGCCCUUGCGCGUGGUUCGCGCACAGGACGCACUGGAUGACGAGGACGACGACGAUUUGAAUUUUGAGAUGAUGGACCAGGGCGACGCGGAGGAGAGCGCGGACAUCGGUGGCGACUUAUGCACUGCAAAAAUGUCUGGGUCUGGAAGGUUGGAACUUGUAAUGCUAGCUGUACACUCCUGGGAAAUCUGUAUUGCAUAAGCAGCAAAAGUCGCAACCUCUUUUGUCAUGCAAAAACGUAGUUUCUCAUGCGGAUUGCGUAUGAGAAAGCGUUUUGGGAAGUUGUCACGCUGGGCUGCAUUCGGAAGUGUUUUCAUCGUGCACGUUUUAGCAUCACAAGUUGAAGUUUCCAGACCCAGACAUAUUUGCAUUUGAUACGACUGGGCCGUGUCGGACACGAUCUACCACCGGUACAACCACAACUUCAUGACCAAAAUCGUCUUCUGCACGAUCACCAUCGCCCUGGGAAUCUACAUCACCGUGAUCUCCCGGGCGAUGUUGUUUGACCGCUUCUCGCAGGCCUAGGGAGGAAGUGGUCCUGUCCCGCGACCGAUAGGUCUCUACCGACGAAGCGGCUUUAUUGCAGUGGUCGUUCUUGUGGCGAAAUACAGUAGUGGAAUUAUCGGAGGAAGAGGAAAAGGAGGUGAAAGUGCGCGGCGCUUUCGCUUUUUUAUUGUCCAGAGUGUUUGAUAAUGUUUGGCUUUGGGCUAUCAAAAAAAUCAAACCGGGACAACUAGCAACUGCACAACUUCCCCGAUUCGCAUCGCUAUCGCCGAUGGCCGUGUCUCAACAGCAUGGCUUUUCGUCUCGCGUUUCCUAUUUUUCCCGGUUUUCUCUUUAUUUGUACCUAAUUCAUUGUAUUAUUCACAGUUUUCGUCAUUUUGUACUUUCACACGGUUCUCCUGCAUAGUUAACGAGCGCGCGUCAGCGUUUUUUUCCCAAGAAGAUAGAACAGCAAUUCAUAUUAUCUCACAGUUGUUUUUGUGAAAUUUUCAAAUUAAAGUUCCUUACCUAGUACCUCCACUACCGAAAUUAACACCUACGGCCCUGCGCCGGACUGACUGCAGUUCUUGUAUCUGCUGCCUUGUCCAAAAUAUGGGGUACUGCGUGAGUUGUAAGAAAUAUUGUAAAGUGGAUCAAUCGCGGUACAGUUUCCGAAGCAAAAAAUCAUACGGGGCGCGUCUGUAUGAUUUCUGUGCCUGCUGUGUUGUACUACACAAUAAGAUAGCGUGGGACCUCCACCACCACCGCCCAUCUCUACCAGGUGUGCGGCGUUUUGAAUUGGG